GCCGCGGCAGGGCCGGCCGGCCGGCGGGCGGAGCGCCGCCGCCGACGCACACGAGGUGACCAGGCAUUGAUGCACCCCCAGGGAGGCCACGUACUCAAGGAGGCCACCCCCGCUGGCUGCUGCUCACAUGGUUUCUGGGCCCUUGGCACUCCGGUGGUGCGCGUGGGCAGGGCGCGGGGACAUGGGGCCCGACAUGGAGCUGCCCAGCCACUCGAAGCAGCUCCUGCUGCAGCUGAACCAGCAGAGGACGAAGGGCUUCCUGUGUGACGUCAUCAUCAUGGUGGAGAACUCCAUCUUCCGGGCCCACAAGAACGUCCUGGCUGCCAGCAGCAUUUAUUUCAAGUCCCUGGUCCUGCACGACAACCUCAUCAACCUGGACACGGACAUGGUCAGCUCCACAGUGUUCCAGCAGAUCCUGGACUUCAUCUACACGGGCAAGCUGCUGCCCAGCGACCAGCCAGCUGAACCCAACUUCAGCACUCUCCUCACUGCCGCCAGCUACCUCCAGCUGCCCGAGUUGGCAGCCCUCUGCCGCCGCAAACUCAAGCGAGCCGGCAAGCCCUUUGGCUCUGGACGGGUUGGGGCUGCCGGCAUGGGGCGGCCCCCCCGCAGCCAGCGGCUGUCCACAGCCUCUGUCAUCCAGGCCCGAUAUCCAGGGCUUGUGGAUGGGCGCAAGGGGGCCCACACCCCCCAGGAGCUCCCCCAGGCCAAAGGCUCAGAUGAUGAACUCUUCCUCAGCACCUCCAACCAGGAGAGCACUCACGGCUUAGGCCGGACCGUCUGUCCAGCCAGCGGGGAGGCCGGCCUGGGCAGCUGCAGCACCAAUGGGAGCAGUGGGGGCUGCGAGCAGGAGCUGGGCCUGGACCUGUCCAAGAAGAGCCCGCCCCUGCCCCCCGCAACCCCCGGGCCCCCCCUCACCCCAGAUGAUCCGGCCCAGCUGAGUGACAGUCAGCACGGCUCGCCCCUCUCCGUCUCUGCCCCUCCUGUUGCCAACAGUGCCUCUUAUGCCGAACUGGGGGGCACCCCCAAUGAGCCCAUGGAUCUGGAGGGGGCUGAGGACAACCACCUGAGCCUGCUGGAGGGGCCUGGCGGGCAGCCCCGGAAGAGCCUCCGGCACUCGGCCCGCAAGAAGGAGUGGAGCAAGAAGGAGCCUGUGGUGGGUUCCCCCUUUGAGCGGAGGGAAGCGGGGCCCAAGGGCCCCUGCCCAGGGGAGGAGGGUGAGGGGCUUGGGGACAGGGUUCCCAAUGGCAUCCUUGCCAGCAGUGUGGCAGGGGGUGGCCCCAGCGGGCCUUACGGGGAGGCCCCAUACCCCUGCAAGGAGGAGGAGGAGAAUGGCAAGGAUGGGAGCGAGGACAGCGGGCAGAGUGGGAGCGAAGGGGGCAGUGGCCACCUGGGCGCCCACUACAUGUACCGGCAGGAAGGCUACGAGACCGUGUCCUACGGGGACAACCUGUAUGUGUGCAUCCCCUGCGCCAAAGGCUUCCCCAGUUCCGAGCAGCUCAACGCGCAUGUGGAGACGCACACGGAGGAGGAGCUGUUCAUCAAGGAGGAGGGUGCCUACGAGACGGGCAGCGGGGGCGCCGAGGAGGAGGCCGAGGACCUGUCGGCACCCAGUGCGGCCUACACGGCUGAGCCCCGGCCCUUCAAGUGCUCGGUCUGCGAGAAGACCUACAAGGACCCGGCCACGCUGCGGCAGCAUGAGAAGACGCACUGGCUGACGCGGCCCUUCCCCUGCAACAUCUGCGGCAAGAUGUUCACUCAGCGCGGCACCAUGACGCGCCACAUGCGAAGCCACCUGGGCCUGAAGCCCUUUGCCUGCGACGAGUGCGGCAUGCGCUUCACCCGCCAGUACCGCCUCACCGAGCACAUGCGCGUGCACUCGGGCGAGAAGCCCUACGAGUGCCAGCUCUGUGGGGGCAAGUUCACCCAGCAGCGCAACCUCAUCAGCCACCUGCGCAUGCACACCUCCCCCUCCUAGAAGCCAAAGACCCUUCUCCUGGCCCGACGGCGCCCUCUGCAGACUCGCCCUCCAGAGCCAACGGAAGGAGGAAGCAAGAAGGCCAGGCAGGCGGGGCUGGGACCCCCAGGUCCAGCGGGGGGGUCUCCCGGCAGCACCUCUGGCCAGCCCCCUACACCCAGAGCUUUAAUCGACAGUUUGUACCAAGGGAAGAGAGAGGAGGGAGGCCGGUGGGCCAGAGCCCAGUGUGCGUGUUCCUGGUGUGCGGUUUGCCUCCCGACCCCGCCCAGGUCCCUGGUCCUUGAGCGGGCUGCUGCAAGGCCCGUGGGAGUGGGUCAUGGGGGUCUUGCUGGGGCCCAGCCCCUCUCCCGCAGGCUGGGUUGGAGCAGGGGGAAGGGGGUGCCUCCCUCCGUGUAAGGAGAGGAGCAGAGCUUCCCGUGGCCGGGCAGUGUCUGUGUGCAUGCACGAGUGCCGUCUGUGUGCAGGCCCCCUGGCUCUGCCAAGAGCAGUGCAGGAGGGAGGCAUGGAGCCCUCCCCCCUGAGCUAGGGGCCCCGCUCGCUGGUGCUGGGACGGUCGGCCCCGCUGCCUACCUCUCCACAACUAAAGAGCCCUCUGGGCCUGUGUUGCUGUUAUUCCUACUGAUCUGCUCCUUUUUUCUUUUUGAGUUUUGUUUUGAAACCAAAACCAACGAGAGUUUAUUUUCCUCCCGGCCCUUCGAGGCUGAGCCUGGGUCUGCAGACUGAAUGUACGGGGCAGCCGCCCCGCCCCGCCCCGCCGCGGGCCACCCGCCCCUCCAGGCCCCAGAAGCCCUUCUUGGCCAAAGGCUUCCCUGGGCCCCGAGCCUGCCUCGGCUGCCUCAGGAGAGAGAGUGCUUUUCCUAUAGUUUCCGAGGAAUAUUCUUUGUUUAGAGGUACUUGUUUUUUAUUAAGAGAAGAACAGUGUAACGUUUAUGUGAAUGUUGGAACUGGAAGGUCUGGGGUUGGGGGGGGCUGGGUUUCCAUUUUCUGUUUGUGUGUGUGGUGUGCGCGGUGUGUGUGGACAGAUGCUGUGCUUUCCUCCCUCCUUCCCCAUCAAGGUGGAGAGACUUCUGACCUUUUGCUACCUCUUGUAUUCACGAAAACAGUACGUUGGUGACUGGCAGUUGAGGCCAUGACACUUUGGUUUUCCUCCAGUUAGUGUGCACAGGAGGACGUACGUUCGAGUGAACCGGGCCGAGCGCCCUCCUGGGCCGCCCCCGAUGCUCCUGCAGCCCUGCAGUCUGGGCGUGUGCCGCACCUCCAUGGGCGUGUGGCGAGCCGUGUCCACCCCAGCGGUGUUCUGAGAGUGCUGCUGAGCGCCUCUGCUCCGGGCCCAGGGGAGGGGCAUGUGUGCUUCAGCCCCGUGGGAGCUCCUGAUGGAGGGCCGGGUUCCGGGUACUAGGGAGAUGGGAGCCAUGCUGCAGGAGCAAGCUCCUUGCGGCUCCCUGCCAGGGCCAGGAUGAGGUGAAGUGAGCCCCUCCAUCCUGUCCCCUGGGCCUGCAGAGCUUGAACUUGGAAGAGCAGCGGCCCCUGCCUGGCCAGUGUAGAGGCAUGGGGAGGGGCUGACCAAAGCAAUGUAUGCACCCCUGGGGGACAGGGAGGGGACCAGCCCUGCUUUGGCACCUCUCUGGGUGGUCCUGGCCCACAGUCUCUCUAGCAGGAGACUGGCUGCCACCCUUUGGCUCAGCCCAGUCUGGAGUCCCACCCCUUGCUCCUCACCUUGGGUUUUCUCCACCAGCCUCAGACACCUCCCUGGGCCCAGAGCUGGGCUCAGAACGACAGACCAAAGUCGCAGAGGUCGGCCCUACUGUCCUCGGCCGACUGGAGCCACAGGGCUGGGCCAGCGGCUUUAUCUUCUUUGUUUUGCUUCAUACUUUUAUUUCUUUUUUUUGUUUCUGCUUUAAGUUCAGACCAAAAAAUUCCAGAGUCAUCCCCUACCCCCACCCCUCCAUUCCUCCAGAGCCCUCCAGCUGAAAACAGAGCCUGAGUUCAGGGACCCACGUGGUGAAGGGUGUGUUUUGCGAGUGAGGGAGCUCAGGCCACACUAGGGCUCCUGGCUGAGCCCUCCGCACAGUGCCCCCACCCUGGGCCGGCUCCUCUUCCCUUUGGGUGGGAAGCGGAGGACUGGACCCAGGGUCUCAUGUUCCAGCAAGUCAGGCCAAGGGUCUAGGCGGAGGAGCCUCCUGGGCUCCCCGUACCCAGUGAGGGGCCAGGGCUCUUUCCAGGCCCCUGGCCUCUCCUGACCCCACCCUACUCCGUCAGCACUUAAGCCACACGACACAAAGUCUGUACCGCAUGGGAGUCGUGCCCGUGGCCGGCCUGUGCGUGGCCUCCCCAGCGUGGGCGACCACAUCCGUGAGGUGACUUGUGAAAGUAGCUGAUUUGUUUGCAGAGCUUCAGGGACUGGGCGCGAAGGCCCCUCACUCACCGUUCGUGCGACGUAGUAUUGUACCCACCUGAGUAUUGUAUCGAGCCUUCUCUGUAUUUUAACAAGAAAGCAAAACACUAGUUUCCUAUUUAAGAUUUUAAGGGUUUGUGGGUGGGGCGGGAUUAACACAACACUUGGUUUUGUUUUCCUUUUCCUUUGGUUUCAUGUGGAGUGUGUGCUUGUGAGUGUGUGCGUGGAGAUGUGUUAAGAGCCUCACGAGGAAAUCAGGCUGUCGGAGGCCGAGGGCGGCUUACAGUUCUCUGUUUUAGUCACUUAAUUCCUGAAUGUUUCGGAGAAACAGGAACCAGAGAAAAUAGCAGAUGUCAUGUAGGAAAAAGAGGAUAAACGAAAAAAAGGAAAAAAAAAAAAAGCUCAUACCCAAAUUCACAAAACCUAUUUUUUAAACCAAAGCACAUUUUGAAUGAGUAUGGAACCUCAAUGGGCUCAGAAAAAAGAUACUAAUAUAUUUAUCUCAUUGUUUACAUAAACUUUUACAGUUUCAGACCUCAGCAGCUGUAAGGCCAGUCCCACUGAACCCUCACCUCCCGCCGGAGGCCCUUCCAAGUCGGCCCCAUAAUGGCUCCCGGGCAGAGGCGCAGACUCCGAGGCCCCCAGAUUCAGCCGAGCCCUCCUCCCCAGCCCGGGCCUCUCCAAGCCCAGCUGACACCAAAGAGCUUGGGCCUGUGCUGACCAGCCCCCAGGCCUCCUGGCCGGACCAUGGCGGUCCUGGCCAGCUGGCAUAGCAGGGGUGGCCGUCGGCUCUGGCCACAGGACCCGAGUCUGGGCUUGGGCCCCGGGAUGGAGGCGCGCCCCUUCUGCUGCUCUGCCUGAGACCCUCAGGGUGGGUUGAUGUGAAGGUCCCUCUCAAGCCAAAAAGCCGGGACCUUUGCACAGCUCUGUUGACUCCAGUGGGUCCCCGCCUCCUGGGGACCCCCCACCCCCAUCUCUUGCAGCAGGAGGGGUUCACUGGGCUGGUCCUUACCAACACAGACGGUGCAAACACUCUGAACAGUGUUGUUUUUGUAUCAAUAUGUUUGUGCAGUGAUGAAUGUAUUUAUUUCUCAGACUUGGGGCGAGCGAGCGGCAGGCCAGGCUCCGCCACCUCGCUCUCACCAGACCGAGCCACGACAAGGGCUCCUCCAGGAUUGCAAAAAAGGUAAAAAAGAAAAGACAAACCUUUAAGCAAAUAAGAAUCUCAGAGACUCGCAGCAUAGCCAUACACCUCAGCCUGUGAAACGAACAAUCCGGACCCAGACUGACUUUCAGAACCUCACGCAGCCCUGUGUGUCUCCCCUUCAUCACCACUCGGGGUGCUGGGCUGCCCCGCCCCCCUCAUCAGUAUUCACUGGACUUGGCCGUGUGCAGGAGUGCGAUCUGGGCUGGGCUGGCUGGGCGGGCAGACCCCAGCCGCCCUCCCUGCGGCCGUCCUGUGUUGGGAUGGGGCCUGGGCAGCCAGGAGGGCAGGGCUCAGGGAGGAGGCGGCUGCAUCCGUCCCGUCCCCUUGGCUUGGGGGACAAAAGCAGAGACGCCAGGCCUUAGGAGACCAGACAAGGGGUCUCAGCCCUGCCACACCCCCUGGAGGGACCAAGGCCCUGGCUCUUGCCCAGAGUCGUGCUGGGCGGACGUUCCUGAACCUGUGAAUCCGGUGCCAGGAGUGAGGAGAUGGAGAGGGACCUAACCAGAGCCUCAGUCUGACAUUCCAAAUCGGGGGUUGGGUGUGCACUGUGGGAAUUGAGGCUGCCCAGGACCCCCUUCCUAGGACCCCCCCCCAGCUUCAGUCACCCACUUUAAUUUUCUACCGGGAACCCCUCCCCCUACCUCACCUUACUAUUUAUUGCUGUAAUUUAUUGACCUCAAAAAUGCUGCAUAACAGACCUCACUCGGGGCAGGGAGGAUCCCUAGGGCUCCCCCCCUCCACUUGGUGGGGCCCUGUGGGGCCAGGUGCUGAGGGGAGCCUCUCUGUAUCCCGCCCAUCACUUACUUUCCCCCUCCCCCCUUGGGGGACCCCAGGUUGGGCACUGGCCCAUUCGCAAAUACCUCGAGGGGGAGGGGGGAUGGGGUUAUAGCUGUUUUGUUUAAUCAGAACUGGAAGAGGGAUCAUGUCCUACAUUAUGCCCUUCCCAGAAAGGGGGGCACUCCAUGAUCGCACUCCUGUACUGGCCACCGUCGCUGUCCGUCAUCACAACGCGUUCACUUCCCGCCAGAGUUUGGAUAAAUUCAGGUCAGAGCUGCAGGUGUGCAGCCCUCAAAUGUCAUAGAAAAGCAAUUCACCAACGACUGAUCUCUCCAUUCAGAAGCGUGCAGUCUUAAUGUACAGUGAUGAAAAACUGUUAUUUUAUGAUCUUUUCAUUAAAAGCUUGAUUGAAAA